CCAAUGGGGGCUCGCCAUUGUCAAUCCCCGUGACGUAUUCCCGGAAAAGUUCGUUAGCGAAGACUGCCGAAGAUGACAUCAUCACUCGAGUGGCUUGAGGAAACUGAGUAGCGGUUGAACACACCCGUCCCCACGAGCACCGAGCCAGGCAAGCAGACACCCCAGCUCUCCACCUCACGGCCUGUUUCAAGCAGUACGGUAUUAAACAGUAGGAUAAAAAUGCACCGUUGCUUGGUUCUACUUCUGGCCCUGUGCCUAGCAGCCGUUCAUGUUGCCGUAGCACAGUCCCCUGUCCCGGCGGAGGGAGGAGAGAGCCCUCCCGAGGCGCCCCAGUCCCCGGAGGCGCCGGCGGCUGAGGAUGUGGAGGGCACGGACGCAGAGGAAGACGUCGGAGAUGUGGGCACAGACGCACCUGACGGGACAGAUGCACCAGGUGAGGGCACGGCCGCGCCCGUGGAGGCCACGACAGCGGCGCCAGACCAGACCACACCGGGAGAUGGCUGUGCCGCCAUCGUGGCAAACUCCCUCCUGGUCUUCAGCACGGCCGCUCUUCUACUCACCAGGCAGUGAUGACGUCACCGGGAUGGGAGAGUCACAUUGAGGGUGUCAUAAACGAGACUGCAUGGUGAAUUUGGUGCUGUCCCGUCGUGCCUUAGGCGCUUGUGUUCUGCACAGAACAUGGAAUGAUGUACAAAGUUGCGAAUGACGGCUGUGCCAAUGAUUUGGGCUCUGGUGUCGGGAGUUGGUGCAAUUUAUUUUUGUGCGACAGAGUCCGAUGAUUCCAUUUCCGUUAAGCUUUAAACAUAAGUGUGAGCAAACAAGGUUUACACUAAUUUAUUGUGCCAAAUGCGAAGAUUAGAGAUAGCACGUUGCACUUGAAAUAUACAUGUGUCCCGAAAAGCUGGCUCAUAGAGAUGUUCGUUAGCCCGGUAAAAAGCUUCUGAACUAUCCGUUCUCCUGGCAGUUUUAAACGUUAGCUGGCUGCCGACUACAUACAUCGAUAAUUAUUUCAUGUUGAAGGGAAGACGUGGUUGUACAGAAGCCCUUUUACCUGUUAACACAUGUCCCGCACGUUGUGGAAGGUUGGACGAAGGCCGAGUAUGACUCCCCCUGCCCGGGAAGCGAAGCUGACAUGACCUGCCAGGAUUGGGGGACGAUCGGCCUUCAACAACACCGCGACAAAGCGUAAAUGGUCCAAAUGCAUAAGAACGACGCCAGUAUGUUUUAGUUUGUACGUUAUUAAAUGUUUAUACUGUGUAUUUUGAAAUAAAUAAACAGCCCAUGGGAAGGAAGACCUUCGUCA